AUGCCCAACCAGAUUCGGAGGAUCAUGGCUGCGGCCAAACCCAAGCACGACUGGACGAGGUCCUACUUCCGGGCGUACAUGAUCCUCCUCCCCUUCUCGGAGACGUUUUUCUACCUCAGCUCGGUCAUCAACCCGCUCCUGUACACGGUGUCCUCGCAGCAGUUUCGGCGGGUGUUCGUGCAGGUGCUGUGCUGCCGCCUGUCGCUGCAGCACGCCAACCACGAGAAGCGCCUGCGCGUACAUGCGCACUCCACCACCGACAGCGCCCGCUUUGUGCAGCGCCCGCUGCUCUUCGCGUCCCGGCGCCAGUCCUCUGCAAGGAGAACUGAGAAGGUUUUCUUAAGCACUUUUCAGAGCGAGGCCAAGCCCCAGUGUAAGUCCCAGUCAUUGAGUCUCGAGUCACUAGAGCCCAACUCAGGCGCGAAACCAGCCAAUUCUGCUGCAGAGAAUGGUUUUCAGGAGCAUGAAGUUUGA